ACCCAUUGCAAAAUUAUUCAAAUAUUCAGUCAAUUUUGUCUUAGGUAAAAGGUUACUUCACACAUUCAUUUGGUUACGGUUUGCCCAUAGGUACGUUGAUUGGUUUGUGACGGGUAUAUUUGUAAUGUAGAUUAAAAAAUAAAGUGGCGACAGUCAGCAUGCACAAAAAACACCCUAUUCCCCAGUAAUUUUGGAUAAAUAAUUUUUAUACAGAUAAAUUAAUGAGGUGAUACUAGGAAGUAAACCACUGUCUGAAACAAGCUGGAAUCACAGUCUAGAAAAAGCUGAAAUCACAGUCUGAAACAAGCUACAAUCACAGUCUGAAUUGAGUUAGAAUCACAGUCUGAAACAAGCUACAACCACAGUCUGAAUUGAGCUAGAAUCACAGUCUGAAAUAAGCUCCAAUCACAGUCUGAAUUGAGCUAAAAUCACAGUCUGAAACAAGCUACAAUCACAGUCUGAAAUGAGCUAGAAUCACAGUCUGAAACAAGCUACAAUCACAGUCUGAAUUGAGCUAGAAUCACAGUCUGAAACUAGGUACAAUCACAGUCUGAAUUGAGCUAGAAUCACAGUCUGAAACAAGCUACAAUCACAGUCUGAAUCAACUAGAAUCACAGUCUAAAUGACACUAGAAUCACAGUCUGAAAUGAGCUAGAAUCACAGUCUGAAUUGAGCUAGAAUCACUGUCGGAACCAUGCAAGAAUCAAAGUCUGAAUCAGACUAGAAUCACAGUCUGAAUAAAGCUAGAAUCAUAGUCUGAAUCAAACUAGAAUUACAGUCUGAAUCAAACUAGAAUCAUAGUCUGAAUCAAGCUAGAAUCACAGUCUGAAUGAAGCUAAAAUCACAAUCUGAAACAAGCUAGAAUCACAGUCUGAAUCAAACUAGAAUCACAGUCUGAAUCGAGCUAGUGUUUGGAUCAGCAGCUACUACAAUGGACACAACAGAAGCAACAGUAACUAAAGCAAAAGGUAUAGCAACAAUAUCAUCAACAACAGCUACAGCAACAAAAGGCGUUACAGCAACGACAAACAUCUUAAGAGCAGAAACACCAACAACAGUAGCAACAACAACCCUGUCAACAACAGGGUUGUUGUGGCAGCAACAACGGAUGGCAUUGCAGCAGCUACUUCAGAAAGUAAAGCAGAAGGAAAUUGGACAGAAUGUCCAUUUGCCGCAAGGAUAUGUCAGACCUUUGACAUCUUUGAAUCAGAUCAGACAGAACAUUCAUUUGCCGCAAGGAUAUGUCAGACCUUUGACAUCUUUGAAUCAGAUCAGACAGAACAUUCAUUUGCAACAAGGUCAUGCCAGACCUGGAACAUCACAACAUCAGGUCAGGCAGAACGUUCAUUUGCAACAAGGUCAUGCCAGACCUGGAACAUCACAACAUCAGGUCGGGCAGAACGUUCAUUUGCAACAAGGUCAUGCCAGACCUGGAACAUCACAACAUCAGGUCGGGCAGAAUGUUCAUUUGCAACAAGGUCAUGCCAGACCUGGAACAUCACAACAUCAGAUCAGGCAGAACGCUCAUUCACAGCAGUCUCAUAAAAUACCUGUUGCAAUUCCACAACAGUCUUUCUUGAAUGCCAAUAACAACUCUAUGAAGGACCAAAUUAAACAAAAUCUUCUUGAAAUGAAGGCGGUAGAAGAAUAUAGAAAGAGACUUGCUAUUUUAAAGAACCGGCCGUCAUAUGCUUCUUGUAUCCAGUCACUUGAAAAUUGUGAUCAUACGGGAUCAGUGCGAGAUCAGAGCUCAGCAGACGCUCCAAGUCACACUUCAUUGAAAACAGGGAGUGAAAUGCAGAAAAUAACUCUCAGCAAUGUAAUCCUUGAAGGAGGUGGACAAUUUGAAGAAGGCCAAGCAUAUGUAAUACGUGAUCGCUAUGGUAGCAGAAAAACUAUGGUUUUUCAAAAUGGAGAACUUCUGUCUCACUCUAAAGACGUAGGUUUACCAGGGAGUGAAAUGCAGAAAAUAACUCUCAGCAAUGUAACCCUUGAAGGGGGUGGACAAUUUGAAGAAGGCCAGGCAUAUGUAAUACGUGAUCGCUAUGGUAGCAGAAAAACAAUGGUUUUUCGAAAUGGAGAUCUUCGCUCUUACUCUAAAGACAUAGGAUUACAAGGUUCAGGCCAGCGAGGUGGAGGUGCCAGUAGUAGUCAGAACAGUGGUGUAGGUUGCGGACAAAAUCGUUCCCAUUUUAACACCACAAGUGAUCAUACGGCAACAAAUGUUGAAAGUGAUAGUGAUAGCGAUAUUGAGACGUGUCGUGUUACCAAGAGACCCAGGUUAUUGGCUUAUAAUAGUGAUAGUGACGAUGACUCUGUAAUCAAGACAAAGUCCCAGUCCAGAAGUAGGUCACGAUCUGGAAGUCGGUCAAGAAGUCGAUCUAGAAGUAGUUCAGUCAACAGAAGUAGGCCUAGAUCAGCCAGUAGAGCCAGUGAAAGUGAUGUUGAGAGUGGUUCUUCUGGUAGUGAUAGUGAGGAAGGCUUUGCACACUUUUUACAGUCACGGUUACUGUCUGGAAGUAGGUCAAGGUCUAGAAGUGGUUCUAGAAGUAGGUCAAUCAGCAGAAACAGGUCAACAUCUAGAAGUAGGUCUAGAAGUAGAUCAGUUAACAGAAGUAGGUCAAGUUCACCCAGUAUAUCCAGUUCUGAGAUAGUAAAGCUAGUGUUAAGCAUGGGGUAUGAUAAGAAGCUUGUGAACACUGUUGUACUGCAACACAGGACACUGGCAGGAGCUGAAAUGACAGAUUUGAAUGAACUAAUUGAUGCUGUAGAAAGAGAAAGGUGCCAGCAGGAAACUGUUUCCAUGGAUAUCUCCAGUAGAACAGGAGCUGCUGGGAGUUCUCAGACCUCAAAACAUGGAAAGAAUGUUCCAACUUCAUGUGCUUCUUCAAUAGAAAAUGAAUAUCAGCAAUUGAAGGAUCAAAGACUGUGUAAGAUCUGUAUGGAGCUGGACAUUGAAAUCACCUUCACACCAUGUGGACAUUUCAUUUCAUGCGAACCAUGUGGAAAACCACUUAAGCAAUGUCCUAUAUGCAGACAGAGUGUAAAAUCUUACCUGAAAACUUACAUGUCAUGAAUCAAAUACUUUCCAGAAAAUAUAUUCAAAAAAUGUUUUUGAAGAAUCUUUGGAAGCUCUAGGCCCGCCUGCUUAGCUCAGUAGGUAGAGGGUUGGUCUACGGAUCGUGGGGUCGUGAGUUCAAUCCUCGGGCAGGGCGUAUGUUCUCCAUGACUAUUUGAUAAACGACAUUGUGUCUGAAAUCAUUAGUCCUCCACCUCUGAUUCAUGUGGGGAAGUUGGCAGUUACUUGCAGAGAACAGGUUUGUACUGGUACAGAAUCCAGGAACACUGGUUAGGUUAACUGCCUGCUGUUACAUGACUGAAAUACUGUUGAAAAAUGGUGUUAAACCCAAAACAAACAAACAAACUUUGGAAGCUCUAUAUUAAAUCUUCAGUCUGCAAAUAUGUUGAAGGCAGCAUUGCAGCUUAGGAAGGGCAGCUGAAGAUACCGACACACGGGGUCCCAAGUUUAGUUCUCAAUAGUUCUGGCUACCAUAACUGAUGUUUUUAUUUUCUGAUGGUCACAUCCAUUAAGUUAUGGUGAAACCCCAUUUGGUUAACUAACCAGUGUCAAACUGCAAGAUCUCGCACAGUCUCUCUUGAAAAACUGAUGACGUCUUGCAAAAGUUCAGAGCAUGUGGUUAUUUUUGAAAAUCAAGAUCAAAAUUUUGCAUAUUUGUGAAUUUAAUUUAAUCAUAAACAUAACCAUUUUCCAUAAAGGUCAUAAAAAAGAAAUACCUUAGAAGGUUUAAGUUCUCAGAAAAGGCCAGUGAAUAACUAUUCUGUGCCUUUUGGUUUUCAAAAUGAAGUGUACCCUGAUGAAGUGACAACUGCAGUUGCAGACAAAAAUAUUGCAGACAAGUGUACCCAUUUGAAACUUGUGUGUAUAACUUAUGUUCAAAUUAAGUUGCAUGGAUUAUUUUAUGUCGGAUCAAAAGAAAAUUGGAUUAGAAAUAUUUUAAAGUAAAAGGUUAGUCUAUUGCAUUUCAUUUGAUGAAAUUAUAGUGUGACAGACUUCUGGCACGAUUUCUGAUUAGGCUUCAGUACGGGAUACGUUUCAACUCAGAGAUCCAUAAAGGCAUAUACACAUCUCUGAGCUGAAAUUUUUCAGCUAAGUUCUCAAGUGUAAAUAAUUAGAAACAGCUUUUACGACAAAUACAGUGUACUAAGGUUACAUUUUUAAAGUGUACGAGUAAGAAUGAAUGUCCUCAAUGCCUAGUAUACUUACCAGUUUUUAUGCUGACAAAGUAGCAGAGAUUUUUCAAAGUGCAUUAUGGUGAGUGUUUAGGAAUGUUUGAUCUUUAAAGAAUAUAUGAAAAUAACUUGCUAGGCUAAUAUCAGCCAGGCUUAACAGGAAUGUUUCUUUGCUGGUCCCUUUUCAGAUUCUUUCAAAUUUAGUUAAUCUAUACAGAAUUUUGGUUGCCAUGCAACUUCAAAAUAUUUGUCACAGCUAUGUUCCUUGUGUGACCUUUUACCAAAUUCCUUCAAGCCAUGUUGAUUUGUAAGAAAACAUGGCCACUAGGGGCAGUGCUAGUUUUCCUAACAUUGCUACAUAGGAAACUCUCAGAAUAUUCACCUCUGAAACUGUUUGUCCUAUUUAUAAAUAAUUUAAAGUAAAUGUUCCAUUGGUGUUCAGCCAAAUCCCUUCACAGUGUUCCACUAUGGUAAAUAAAGGUGUUGACAGGGGCAAAGCAAGUUCUUGUAUGGCUUUAGUGGGAACUUUGAGAACUUGCUGACUUAUUUCAAAAAUAAUUUCAUUCAAAUGUUUUUGUGUUAACUCUAUUCCAGGUUUGUUCAAACUAUUCCAGUUUGUCGAAAACAUUGCCACUAUUACAAAGGCAAAAAGUCACUUUUCCCGAAAUAUAUGUGUAGUACAAACUUUAAAUUCUAAUGGUUAGAAAACAGUUGCCUAAAUUUCAGAAUAAAUUCACAUAUUUUCCUGACAUGACCCUAUUCCAGAAUUCUUCAAGCAAGCUGGAACUUCCAUUGAACGAUCUAGGGCCAUCAUUGUCCCCUUAUUUUAUGUUUGAAGUGUGCUAUAGAUUUCUCUGUGUUGGUAAACUUUUAGUGUUUUUAUACUUGAAACAUCCAGUUUAUAAAUAUAUCAAAGCAUGGUAAUACUUAAAAUUUUGCCAUAAAAAUUUUGAUACUUCAUUAUACCAAUUUAUACCAAAGUUGUCUAAUGCUUUUUAUUUUAUUUUUAAUAACUUAACUUCUUCUCAUUGGUCAAAACUGCUACCUCUAACAAAAGAUAAAUGUUUUUACUGUUUUUUUGUCGAUCCCAUUGGUGGUGAGCUCGACAUAGUUGUCACAAUGGCGGUUUGUGUUUGUGCGUCUGUCCGAGUUUGUCCAGGCUGUAACUAAUCCAUGGAUUAACGGAUUCUUAGAUAACUUAGCACAUAUAUUUGCCUCAAUGACAUGGCGCAUCAUGUGCAAGAACCAGAUUGGUAGCUUAAAGGUCAAAGUCAUACUUUUAGGUCAAAGGUCAAAAUAUUUUUAGGUCAAAGGUCAUAACUUGGUGCUGUCCUGGCUGUGACUCAGCCAUAGAUUGAGGGAUUCUUAAAUACUUUGGCACAAAUGUUUGCCCUAAGAUGUGUCAUUUGCAACAACUAGAUUGUUAGCUUAAAGGUCAAGGUCAUACUUAGAGGUUAAAUUUAAAAACUUGGUGCAGUUUUCCUAGUCUGGGCUGUAACUCAGCUAUGGAAUAAGAGUUUCCUAAAUAACUUGGCACAAUUGUUUGCCUCAAUGAGACCGUCUGUCAGGGUAAGUAGUUGAAAGCUCAAGUUCACUCUUAGGGUCAAAGGUCAAAUGUUGAUGCAGUUUAUCUUGUCUGGGCUUUAACUUAGCCAUGGAUGGAGAUGUUCUGAAAUAACUUGGCAAAAAUGUUUGCCACAAUUAGUUCUGGUGCUGCCAAAUAGUAUCAUAAAUGUUAGUUCUUUUGACAGCUGGUGGGCUCUACAUGUUGCCUGUGGGCAUCUAGUUUUUCUCUGUGGAAUAUAAGAUCUAAAACUAGAGAAGUGGCUAUACUGCUUGGUUCCCAGUAUUACUAUGUAUUGUAUUAGUUACAUGGAAGACAAAGGCACUGCCUUGUAUACCAUUUGCUUUCACUUUUGCUAUCUUUUCAAAAAUUCUGUAAUGUUUGCUUCCAUUGAGUUGAUUUAUAAUAGAGGAUAUAUAUUACAUAUUAGAAUAAAGUGCAUGUAUUUGAACUAAACACUUUGAAAUCUGUUUUUUUAAUGUAAACUGUUUUAUAUUUAAAAUUGAUCUACUCUUGACUGAUUUGAUAGUUAUGAAAGAUUUUAAGAUUUUGAAUUUAUGAAGUUUUGUAUGUUUGCAACAUUGAAUGAUAUAAUAGAAUAUAUAUGAGCCGCGCCAUGAGAAAACCAGCAUCCGCACGGUCUGGUCAGGAUCCAUUCUGUUCGGUUUCAAAGCCUAUUGGAAUAAGAGAAUCUGUUAGCGAACAGCAUGGAACCUGACCAGACUGUGCAGAUGCGCAAAGCCACAAUGUUGAUUUUCUCAUGGCGCAGCUCAUAUGUUGUUAUCAAUUGCCAGAAGAAGUCAGUAAAUACCCUGGCUUUGGCUUGUAUCAGUAUCUCCGCCUUCUUGUGAAUAACACAUUGUAUUGAAUAAUACAAUUGCCAAUAAUUGUAUAUAUUUUCUAACACAUAUUUUUUUGUAACAACUUUCGGAUAUUAAUGAAUAUUAAAACAUUCAAUUACUCCUUAUUUGAAUAUGAUUUAUGAUACUGAAAUUUUCAGUAAAUGAAAUGAGAGACAAAAGUCAUUUAUAAAGAAUAUCUUCAUAUGGUGGAAGGAGAUUAAAGGAAUAUAGACCUGCAUCAGUUUGGCAAAAGAUAAGAUUAAUUGAAGAAAUUAGUUGAAGAAAUUAUCUAUUACCAUCAAAGGUUUUACGUAGACUUUAUGAUUGUGUGUUUGAUUUUACAAUUGCAUCAUAUUUUAUUACAUACUUUGUUUGGAUAUACCCUUCUUAUACUUUCAAGAAAUGUUGAUUUCAUCAUUUUGUCAAUGGGCAGUUCUGUUAAUUAUGUCUCUCACCACACAGUGGUGUGGGAGACAUAUUGAUUUACUCCAGUCUGUGUGUGUGUGUCUGUCUUCCUGUCUGUGUGUGUGUGUGUCUGUCACAAACCUUGUCCGCACUCUUAAGUCGUACAUUUCUCAUCCGAUCUUCACCAAAAGUUUACAAAAUGUGUUUGACCAUAAGACCUCGGCCAAGUUCAAUAACUAGCCAAAUAUGUGCAGGCACUUCGGAAUUAAGGCCCUUGAAUUUCAGAAAUAUGCUCAGGUCUUGGGAGCUAAAACGGCCCAUAUACUACUAAUCAUUAGUAGUAUAGGAGUCCCUUUGGGGCACUUUAUGUGCGCUUUAAGUGCAAGCUUCACCAAACUUGAACAAAAUGUGUUUGACUAUAAGACCUCAGCCAUGCUUGAUAUCUACCCAAAUUGGGCCAGGCACUUCGGAAUUAUGGCCCUUGAAUUACCGAAACAGUGUUUUUACUCUUGUCAAUGGUUUGCUCUUGUCCGCACUCUUAAGUUGAACAUUUCUCAUCCGAUCUUCACCAAAUUUGAACAAAAUGUGUUUGACCAUAAGACCUCGGACAAGUUCGAUAAUGAGCCAAAUCGGUCGAGGCAUUUUGGAGUUCUGGCCCUUGAAUUGUAGUGAGUAAACAGUAAAUAAAGACUGACUUGCUAUUUAGAUGAUUAGGCAGUUGUGGGAGACAUUCGCUUUUCUCAAAAGCAGCUCUAGUUUCAGCAUGAUUUUACAACAGUCACCUUUUGUUAGUUUCAUGUUGUCAGUCACCUCUGUGUUAUUGUUGCGUACUGCUUAAUAUUUUUCAUUAAUGUGUUCAUUAUGUAAAUUUAUUUUUACAUAAAUAUUCUUUAUCAUAAUUUCAAUGGAAUAUUUUUCAUGUUACUAUGUAGAAUAGAGGAGAUAUUUAUUUGUCUGUAUUGAAUAUAAAUAUUAUAUUUUAUUUUUAGAUCCAAAACAUUUCUUUUUCAAUUGAUUUUGUUCAGAUGCAUUUUGAUACCCCAGCAAUAUGGAAAUACACAUGGCUGACAAAAGGGCCUUACUCUGUAAAUCUUUAAAAUAGUUACAGUAGAAUGUUUAAAGGCCCAUCAAUUGAAAAGUCCUCUCGUUCAACUUUUUUUUAAUGUAUUUCUAAUUUAAAUGUAUUUUCAUUAUUAAAAUGAUAAAGAAGUA